AUGGCUGCAAUGGAAGAGACUUCUUCCCCGAGUCUGGAAUCACUGCUUUCGUUGUGGCCUGUUGCCUUCACGUUAAGCCAACAUCUGCCGGUGGGCGAUCUCAUUACUCUGGCUCGGCUGAACGUUGUACUGCGAGCUGUGCUUCACGGCUUCGAAACACCAGACAUCACUUCAGUGCCAGAGCACCCUAGUCUUGUUCGGCCAGAACUGAACAUCGGCCGUCAUGGAACACCUUCCUGGCAACGCCUCAAAGACCGCUCCCCUUUCGAAUGCUCUUCCCGGAUCCACACGAAGGGCCCGGAACCAAAGCCUUGUCGGUACUGCUCGAGACCCAUUUGCGAUGCUUGCAUUGUCCGAUCCUCUUUCGCCCGAGGCCAUGAAAAUACAUUCCAGAACAGGGUCCGGCAUCUCUGCAAGAAAUGCUGGAGCUCGGGAAAUCCAAGCAGAGCGCAACGAUUCCCACUUGAUGGCCCUUCAGAGUCGACGUCGAAGAGGAAAUGGUAUGACCCUGAAGACAGUACAAGAGACUACUGCAUCUGUGCCCUAAAGGACGAUGGAUGGCUCUGUAUCGAGUGUAAGGACUCCCAAAACUGGGAGGCCAUAUCCUCCGCCGAUACCGAGUGCCAUGGUCAAGACUGUAAAGAACCUCUUGACGCAGAGGACAAGGACCGAAGACGAAUCUGCCUCUGGUGCCACAAAGGCUUACCCAGGCAAAUUGGGGGUACGACUCGAUACCACUGGAACCAAAAGAUGAUCGAAGCAAGGGCUCGAAAUGCUGCGUCGCGUCAGGCAGACCUGGAGGAGUACAACCGGAGACGGUUGAAAUUGAUGAGGAUGUCACGCCGAGAGAUGCGAGGCGAUGAGGCUGUCAAGGGCGAUCCAGAGGCCGAUCUCCCACAAUUUGUCAGGCAUCUUGACACCAUAAACUAUCGGAGCUAUAUGUCCGAGUCGGCGGCGCCGAGCGGCGACGCCGUGUACGACUCCAAGAGAGGCUACUGGAGGUACAACAGGGAGUUCCUCUUAGAGAUGAGAAGCCGGUGUGGAGGGGUCCCCGUACCCAGACAACUGAACGCUCCUGGCAAUACCGAUGGCGGCCGCCUGCGCUUCGCUCGGACCAAUGCAGAAAAGGCGGAAGACUUCUCGUCCCUUGCACAGGCGGUUCCUCACUUGUCAGAGGAGCGCCGAACACAGUGGUGCACACUCAAAGUUAUUGUCCUCGAACAUCUCCUUGUGGAAAGACUUAGCUAUCAGGCCACGCAACAGAUCAUCCUUGAUGAGUAUGGGUUUGACGCUGGGGUGGACGAGUAUCACAACGUGAUGCGCGUCUGGAACACUCAGGACGCAAUCAAAGAGCAUCGAAGGAAUUCGCUUGAUCAAGAAGGUGAAGAAGCCAUCAAGAGCAAAGUUCACACCCUCGCUGAGCGGGUGCAUGAGGUCAUCGAUGGGGACAGAGUUCUUGUCGGGGAAGAAGGUGUGAGGCUCCAGAUCUUGCCAGAGUCUCCAGAGGCUGAACCCCCGGGCGAUUAUAAGCUACCGAGUUGGCAGAGAGUUGGCGGCACCAGCGCGCAUCAGGUCCAACGCUCUUCUGACCUGGAUGAUGAAGCCGAGUCCGCCCUGAAGAUGAAGAUGAGGCAAGACCGAAAAUCGUCGCCAGCUCAAGCGGACGCCCACGCAUCAUCUUCGCAGGCGCAGUCAAGUUCACUGCCGGCCCCUGAGCCCUCAAAUGAUGUGCAAGCCGAAGGACCACUUCUUGACCGGUCAUUUGACGAUGAGGUUGGCUCGCUGCCACACCAUGAGGAGGAUGAUCAUGACGAACCCCCGCCAUAUACUGCUGACGGGUGGGUGUGGCCUUAG